AUUAUUUACAUCAUUCGGCUGACAUAAAAUGUUUGCAUUAUAGCAAGUGUUUCGAAAAUAUUCCGUGACUCUGUGAGUCGAUUAAUAAACGUGUACUUUACGCUACGUGUGAUCUACCAUGUGUAUUGACCGCGGGUAAGAGCAGUAACGUCAACGUGGGCUACAACCGCCAGUCGGCGCACGUCAGUCGUCAUGGCGUUUGGGUUGACAGAUCAUUUGGUUGGUCGCGUGCGCUGAUAGACGCACACGCACAGUUAGUACUAUAAUGGACAGCAGUUCCGAACCUGGUUUGAAGAGCAACGAGGAGAUUAUAGAGGAGCUUACCAAAGACCUGGAAAGUUCGUGUCUAAGAGUGGACGAGGACUGUACGUCGAGCAACAAAUGCGCGGAGUCGGAUGCGAGUAAUGACAGUCCGCCGAAGGAGACCUGUAAACACACCAAGGACAACAACGCCAAGUGUACAGCUCAAAAUCCACACGGUCCAGACACGACGGAACCUCCGAGAGAUUUUGUCGACGAGGAGUUAUUGAAAGACAGAGAGAUUGAUCUCACCGAAAGUGAAAAAGAAUCUCUCAGAGACGAAGCGGAGAAAUUGAAAAAUCGGGGUAACGCACUUUUCAAAAGCGGAGAAUACGUAGAGGCGAUAUCGAUUUACACACAGGGAAUACAAACAUGUCCGUUGGCAUACAGCAAGGAGAGGUCUAUUCUCUACGCGAACAGAGCAGCGGCAAAGUCAAAAUGUUUGGAAAAAGAAUCGGCGAUAUCGGAUUGUACCAAAGCCAUAGAAUUAAAUCCAACUUACGUGAAAGCUAUCGUUAGGAGGGCGCAUUUGUACAAGGAGUUGGAAAAGUUGGACGAAGCCAUGGAAGAUUUCACAAAGUUAAACUCCUUAGAUCCCGAUAACGUAGAGUCGCGACAGGAGAUUCACAAACUAGCUCGACUGAUAGAAGAAAGAAACGAAAAGUUGAAAACAGAAAUGCUGGGGAAACUGAAAGACCUGGGAAACAUGGUGUUGAAACCUUUUGGACUUUCCACGAAUAAUUUUGAGUUGCAAAAAGACCCGAAUAGUGGCGGUUAUUCUGUGAAAUUUAAUCAGAACCCUAGUUAAUACGGAAAUCCGCGGUGCAUGUUUCUCGAGUUUGAAUUUUCUACAGGUCGCAGAAUAUUUAUAAAUAAUUGAUAUGUAAACUCUACUCGAAUGCUGUGCUUCUUCUCGCAAUAAAUAUUUAAAUGUUCCAACGUUGA